AUGUAUUGGGAGAAAAAAACUAAAGUGAAUAGUGUUGCUUCUCUGGUUGGGAGGGACAGGUAUUUUAUGAUUAGAUCUCACCUCAAAGUUGUAUAUGAUAAUGACAUUUCUAAUGAAGAAAAGGCUAGUAAUAAAUUUUGGAAGGUGGGACCUCUGCUCAAAUCAGUCAGGACUGGGUGCGUACUCAAUCCAAAGAGUGAAACCGUUGCAGUUGAUGAACAAAUGAUCCCAUUUCAUGGCCAAUCACCAGCUAGACAGGUUAUCAAGUCAAAACCAAAUCCAUGUGGAGUUAAGAACUUUGUGAUAGCAGCCCCAGAUGGUCUGCCCUUGGACUUUUUCUUUUACCAAGGGAAAGGUGAUCCUAUUGUCAAUGACACUCGUUUCGAACACCUAGAUGUUGGAGGUAGAGCAGUCAUUAGGCUUCUUGAAAACAUUCCGCAAGGAGUAUCUGUGUACAUGGAUAGAUAUUUUAAUUCCACGCAUCUUUUAGAUCUCCUUCACUCAGAAAAAGGGGCAACAGGGACUGGAACCCUAAUGAAAAAUAGAAUUCCACAAGAUUCUAAGCUAAAACUCGACAAGGAUCUAAAAAAGCAAGGCCGGGGAUCUACUGAUCAAAGUGUGAGGUCUGAUGGUCAAAUAACUGUAGUAAAAUGGUUUGACAAUAGACCUGUGAUUUUGAUGUCUAGCAAAGAAGGCAAGUUGCCAGUUGAUCAGUGCCGGAGGUGGUGCAGAAAGACAAAACAGUACAUUUCUGUUGUUAGACCUUUGAUAUUGAAAGAAUACAAUAGCAAAAUGGGAGGGAUUGAUCUCUUGGACAGAUUCAUAAGCUACUAUCGAAUGGCGGCAAGAACAAAGAAGUGGACGAUCCGUGUAAUCAAGCACAUGAUAGAUUUUUCCAUUGCUGCAUGCUGGGUUGAGUACAGGCGAGACCAAAAUGAACUUGGGACACGCAAACGAGACAUACUGGAUUUGAUGCAGUUUAGGGAAAAAUAUGCAAACUACCUUGCCUACGGAACCAAAGAAGAGUCAGAUGAUGAUGAUUCAAACUUUGAAAGUACUCUGCCUCCUCCUCGCAAGAAACCUAGAGUAAGCCAUCCUCUAGAUGUACUACGAACUAAGAAUACUUUGCACUUGCCAGAAAUGCCAACACCUGCAACCAAGAACCGUUGUCGGUUACCAGGGUGCUCACAAACACAGCAAGAAUAA